AUGAAGUUUUCCGCCCUCUUUACGUUGGCUUCAUGGUCAAGCUUGGUCCUUGGCUAUGAAUACCAGUACCGAACACCAGUGCCAUGGACACUCUUCAAUACUAAUAUCACCUGUGAUACCUCUUGCCAAUACAACUUUACCAUACACAAGCACGACACCGACGAAGUAUUUCACUGUAGCUUCGUAGAACCGAAUCUCAACUCCGAACCUGUCUAUGCGGAUAGACCUUGCCUUUCAACAACGCCUCGGUCUGUUACUACUCACUGGGGAUCGGACAGGUCUAUUGUACUGUUAUUUAUGGACUACGUCGAGAACAUCAACGCCUUCUACAGCCUUUUCAACUGGGAAGUCCGCGAUGGCAUAAUCGUUCCAAACAAGACACGAUGGGCUGUGGACGCACGCUCCCCCUCAGCACCGUUUAUUCCGACCGAGCUACCGUUUACAAUGCCGCAAUGAGGAACCUGUAUAUGGUUCUAGGGGUUAUCUUCUAGCAGCCUUCCCAUCGUACAGAACUAACGCCUGCCCAUUAUCAACUCUAUUUUUACU